AUGGCGGAAACGUGGUGGGAUGACUUGCACGACUGGAGUGCUGCGUUAGGUGGCUACGAACUCUUCAGAAGGGAGAGGCACCGCCUGGCCCCGACCGUGUCUUGUGUCCAUUUCAAGUUCUUCUCCAAGCUGAACUACGAUACAGUCACCUUCGACGGCCUCCACAUCACCCUCUGUGACCUCUGCGAAGUGGGAUUUUUGGAAUUCCUAUAUGUGGACAUACAGCAGAAGGUUGUGGACACUAGUGCGAUAAUUGAUUUAAGAUCUCUAAGUCAGUGGGAUGGAGAGAAGAGGUGGGCGGAGGGGGAACGGCGGGGGCGGCUGAGCUGGCAGUACCUGCCCAUCCCGGCCACCGCCGUCUCGCCCGAGCAGGCCUUUGCCACCGGCCAGAGCGUCCUGGAGCAUCGUCGAGCCAUCCUGGCGCCGGAGAACCUGGGCCAGAUUCUCAUCUUGCACCAAAACUUUGAUUUUUUAGAAUCAAUCAGGAACAGCAACGAGGGAAAGGGCAAAAUGAGCCUCCCCAGGCAAGAGCGGGGAAACACCAGCUGUCCUGAGAGGGACAUGAUGAAAAGAAGCCACCCAAGCAACGCUGAGGCCAAAGUGGAUGCCCCAAUCACUGCCGAGGGAAUGGCCCUGCCACAAAGGAUCCUCUUUCCCGCGGCGAAGAUUUGCAUGGACUGGCAGCAAAGACAGAGAGCUGGAGCGGGACUUGACAACCUGGGCAAUACGUGCUUCCUCAACUCCGUGCUGCAGUGCCUGACGUACACCCCCCCUCUGGCCAACUACCUGCUCUCUCGUGAGCACAGUCAGUCGUGUCGUCAGCAAGGUUUCUGCAUGAUGUGCAUAAUGGAGGCACACGUGAAGCAGGUCCUGUGUUCCUCAGCCAGUGCCAUCCAGCCCUGGGCUGUGGUCAAUGUCCUCAGACGCAUAGGAGAACAUUUUGAGCAUGGCAUGCAGGAAGACGCCCACGACUUCUUACGUUGUACUGUCGAUGCCAUGCAGAGAGCUUGUCUGCACGGCAGCAGCGACCUGGACAUCUCUUCCGAAGCAACUACCAUCAUCCAUCAAAUAUUUGGGGGCUUCCUGAGAUCCAGAGUCACCUGCUUGAGCUGCAGCGCGAUUUCCGAUUCCUACGAGGCCUUCCUGGAUGUUCCUUUGGAUAUAAAAGCAGCCGCGUCUGUCACCGCAGCUCUGGAGGACUUUGUGAAACCUGAGCAGCUGGAUGGCAACAACUGCUUUAAAUGCAGACAGUGUGACAAGAUGGUUGCCGCCUCCAAGAGGUUUACGUUCCAUCGUGUGCCCAAGGUUCUCACGCUGUGUCUGAAAAGGUUUGGAGACUUCACUGGCAGGAAGAUCAGAAAGGUUGUGAAGUAUCCCGAGUGCUUGGAUCUUCGCCCGUAUGUGUCUCAGACGGCUGGAGAACCGCUCCUCUACUCCUUAUAUGCUGUGCUGGUGCACAGCGGUGGCAGCUGUCAUGUGGGGCACUAUUUCUGCUACACAAAGGCCAGCGAUGGACGGUGGUACGAGAUGGAUGAUUCCUCUGUGGUUCUUGAUGACAUCGACACAGUUCUCAGGCAGCAAGCCUAUUUACUGUUCUAUGUCAGGAGACAAUUACUACCUGCAUCCUUUGGUGCUGUCAAAUCUGAACUACCCCACGUCAGUCCUUACCUUUUCUUGCUGGCCUUUAGGCUGCUGGCCUGGUGUAAAGUGCUACUUGUCUGCUCUCUGAAGCUGGCUAAUGUCGAGAAGAGGACUUAA